AUGGAUUCUCUUCAGAGUCUGGUUGCCAGAGAUGCAACACCUGCUUGUGAGACGGGCAAUGGAUAUGACGGCCGUAUGGGCCUGCGUAUCUCGUCUAUCUUUGUCAUUCUCGUCGGUUCAACAUGCGGGGCUCUCUUUCCCGUGAUGGCCCGGAGUUUCAAGGACUCCAAGAUUGCAAAAUGCGCCUUCUUCAUCGCUAAAUACUUUGGCUCCGGUGUUAUCAUUGCCACCGCAUUUAUUCACCUCCUUGCCCCAGCAGAAGAGGCCUUGACCGACGAUUGCCUCACCGGCCCAAUCACAGAAUACUCUUGGGUUGAGGGAAUCGUCCUAAUGACCAUUGUGGUACUGUUCUUCGUGGAGCUAAUGGUCAUGCGCUUUGCCCGUUUCGGCCACGGCCACUCUCACGACGAGGAUGAUGACCAUCACGUGAAGAUUGAGCAUGCCGCUGCCUCUCCUGCUGAGUCGGUUGACAUGAAGACCCAUAUGCCGGGGGAAGACCAUCUCGGGCAUUCCCGCGAACACCAUGAUAUGGAGCUCGGGAAGCAGCAUUCUGAUCUGGAGGAGUACGUCGCUCAAUUGACCUCCAUCUUCAUUCUCGAGUUUGGAAUCAUCUUCCACUCCGUCUUCAUUGGGUUGACCCUGGCGGUCACCGGCUCCGAGUUUGUGACCCUCUACGUUGUCCUCGUCUUCCACCAAACCUUCGAAGGCCUGGGUCUGGGAUCCCGGUUAGCUACCGUUCCCUGGCCACGUUCCAAGCGAUGGACCCCUUAUUUCCUGGGACUUGGAUACGGUAUCUCCACGCCUAUUGCGAUUGCGAUCGGUCUAGGCGUGCGCGACUCUUAUGCAUCUGACGGCGCCACGACGUUGAUCGUCAGUGGUGUCUUUGACUCGAUUUCGGCCGGCAUUCUGAUCUACACAGCCCUGGUGGAGCUACUGGCCCACGAGUUCAUGUUCAGCACUUCGAUGCGAAAGGCACCGAUACAGAUUGUUCUCGCGGCUUUCGGUCUGCUAUGUCUGGGUGCUUUGCUAAUGGCCCUGCUGGGUAAAUGGGCUUAA